GUCUGAUAUUGACAUUGUCAUUGUCAAAGCCCGGUUCGUUUGUCACACGUCAGUGUUUGUAUGAACUAUUUUUCGGGAAAUAAUUAACUUUUUUCCCUUUUGUUAAACUAUUCUAUGAGAUGAUAACGUUAAAAUCAAGAAUGUUAUCAACUGCGCUACUUGUUUGCAUUGCAACAUUUUUAGUUCAAAUUAGCAAUGCCGAGUUUACAACAGAAGAUUGUGCUUCCCUUGGAUUCAUCAAAGCUAACCUGUUAUGCUCUUCUUGUGACCAAUUGAAAGAUUUUGGUUUAGAACAACUUAUGUCUCAUUGUAAAGAAUGCUGUCAUCAAGAUGAAACUGCGCCGAAAGAGAAGAAAUACGCUAGAGCCAUAUUAGAAGUGUGCACAUGUAAGUUCCCCGCUUAUCCGCAGAUACAAGCGUUUGUGAAGAGUGACAGGCCUGCCAAAUUCCCUAAUCUACAAAUCAAGUAUGUCCGAGGCCUAGACCCGAUCAUCAAGUUGUUGGAUAAAGAUGGUAUAGUUAAAGAUACUGUGGCCAUAGAAAAGUGGAAUACUGACUCAGUGGAGGAAUUCUUAAAGGCUCAUCUCGAAAAUGAAGAGGAUGAUGAACCCGACUAUUUGAAAACCAAUAGAAUAUAAAUACUUUUCCUAUUUAAUAAAUUUAGUUCUUAAGCUA